AUGCCGUCUCAAUGGUCUUUGCUUCUCUCAGACUUGCUGAAAAGCAUUGAAGAGCAUACGAUGUCUUAUGCUGAUAAGGUGAGGCUCCGUUGCGUUUGUGCUUCAUGGCGUUCCCAGCUGCCAAAACUACAUGACCACCCCAUCGGUACUCGACUUCCAUGGUUGUUAGUACCUUUUAAUGAUAACCUUGAUAGCAAGGGGGCAUCUAAAUUCUAUGACCCUCUGGAGAAGAAGCUUUACGAACUUGAUCAUUUGCCGGAGGCUGAAGAGAAGGCGUUGUUUAAGGGUUCAACACAAGGUGGUUGGGUGGUGGUUGCAGAAACCGGUGAUAAAAUAUAUGUGGUUAAUCCUCUUACAAGGGCCAGAUUCCAGCUUCCUCCAAGGUCCAAGUUUCCUGAUGUAAGAAAGUAUCGUGCCAAUAAACAUGACAAUGAGUAUUUAAUUCGGGAGCCCCAUGAUUUCAAUGAGUAUUAUGAAAUGGAUGCAACUCAUUUAAGGAACUAUUUUCUACCAAAAGUUGUGUUAUCUCCUAGUACUUGCGAUAGUACUGAUUUUAUAGCAGUGGCUAUCUAUGGGGAGAUAGGGAGACUUGCCUACUGUAGACGUGGAGACAAGAAGUGGCAUGUGUUGACUGAAGAGUUUACUUAUUCAGAUGUCAGAUUUCAUGAACAAGUACUAUAUGCAGUAGAAUUUAAUGGUAGGCUGGUGGCUUUCGACUUCAAUACUAAUGCUUCUUGUCCAAAGCCAAAGGAGAUAGAAAUUGUAGCACCGUUUCCAAAUCCGUUGACAGGGCAGGUAUAUUUGGUUUGGUGUUCUGGAGGGAUAAUAAUGGUGAGACGAGAGACUGAUCUCGAUGAUGAGGCCUACGAACAUGAUGUACGUAUAAGUGUGACUCUUGGUUUUAACAUAUUCAAGCUUGACAGUACUAGUGACGAUGGAAAAGGAAAAUGGUGUGAGGUUGAAAGUUUAGGUGAUCACGUGUUGUUUUUGGGAUUGAAUUCGUCUACAGCCUUUUCAUGUCGUGAUUUUCCAGGUUGCUUCAAGGGAAAUCAAAUAUAUUGCACCGAUGACAAUGUUUCUGCUGAUGCCAAGGGAAGUGGAAGACUUUUUGAUCAAGGUGUGUACAGCUUGGAUGAAAAAGUGUUUGAGCGCUUUCCAGCCUAUGUUGGUGACACUCGUCAGGUUUGGCCAGCACCAAUCUGGAUUAUGCCCAAAUAGCCUUUCUGACCAAUUUCCUUUUGUUUCAAUAUCAACCCAUAAUUUAGAUUGG